UGUGCCCCUAGUCCCCACAGGCUGUCCGGUCCGCUCCGCCUCGCCCUUCCAGCCCCCUCGAUGCCCCUCGGCUGAGCGGGGAGGCCCGAGCCCCCCCAUGGACCACCCGCCAUGUCUAAUGGCUACCGAACCCUGUCCCAGCACCUCAACGACCUGAAGAAGGAGAACUUCAGCCUGAAGCUGCGCAUUUAUUUCCUGGAGGAGCAGCUGCAGCGCAAGUAUGAGGCCGGCCAGGAGGACGUGUACCGGAGGAAUAUCUCUCUGCGGGUGGAGGUGGAGAGUCUGAAGCAGGAGCUACAGGAGAAGCAGCAGGGCCGAGAUCCCACUUGGGGCCCGGCAGAGCCUGAGGCUGGUCAGGAUGAGCCUGGACGAUGUCAACAGGAAGAGGAUCGAGGGCAGGAGGAGGAGCGGGAGUGCCAGCUGGACAGCAAGGGCCAAAUUCUGCAGGAGGCGAAGAGAGCCAGGAGCGAGGCCAAGAGCCCAGAGCCUGAGGCUGAGGGCGACGUGGACCUGACCGACGGUCUGGAGGAGACCACCGGGGCAGUGAUGCCAAGCACAUGGAUCCUGCCCACUAUCUGUCACCCUGCCCUGACCCGGGACAGGAGGGUAGCUGAGCUGAGUCAAGGCCUGGCUGCCCGUGAGGAGCAAGUGCAGAGGCUUCAGCUGGAGCUGGAGGAGCCGAAGGGCAUGGAAGUGCAGGGCAGCGCGCAUGCGCCGAGCCCGGGCGGCGGCCGGGCGGACUACAACUCCCAGAGGCCCCCGGGGCCCGCGGCCGGCGGCGCCAUCUUGAAAUCUGAGCCCCGUUUAGAGGGCCGAGGCUGCUGCGGCGGCGUCGUCAGUAUCCGCGUUGGCGGUGGUGCCCGACGGCUGCCGCCUGCCCCACUGGGACCCGGUGCCAGCCUGCCCACUGGGCAGCAUGCAGGUGCCCGCCUGACGCUGGACGGUGAGCAAAGGUGUGCCACCAGAGGGGUCGUUGACGUGUCAGGGCUAGUGCGGGGCCGAAGCUGCAGAGUGGACAUCAGAGUGCCGGGCUGGAGGGCGAGGACAGGAGUGCCCGCCCGCGGAGCGAACAUCGAGGUGCCGGCGCCGAUUGGAAAAGUGGACGUAGCGGUGAAGUACCAGUCUGCGGAGAGGACACUGAGGCACCAGGCUGGCACCAGGCCAUCAAGGAGCUUCGCUGGGGAGCGGCCAGUGAGGCAGCCAGGGGAGCCCCGAGUGGGAUCCCGACCAGUCAGCCCCCGCCCCUCUGCCCGCCCCCGUGGCGGCACCGUCGGCAUCGGGAUGAAGGAGUGCUGCCGAAUCUGUGCCCGGGAGCUGUGCGGGAACCAGCGACGCUGGAUCUUCCACACGGCCUCCAAGCUGAACCUGCAGGUGCUGCUGUCCCACGUACUGGGCCGCGAGCUGAGCCGCGACGGCCGUGCCGAGUUCGCCUGCAGCAAGUGCGCGUUCAUGCUGGACCGCGUCUACCGCUUCGACACGGUCAUCGCCCGUGUCGAGGCCCUGUCCAUCGAGCGCGUGCAGAAGCUCCUGCUGGAGAAGGACCGCCUCAAGGCCUGCAUCGCCGGCCUGUACCGCAGGAAUAACGAGGAGCCGGAGGCCCGGGGGACCGUCGGGACGGUGGACAUCUCCGGCCUGCCCGACGCCCGCUACACGGCCCUGCUGCGGGAAGACUUUGCCUACUCUGGAUACGAGUGUUGGGCUGAGCAUGAGGAUCAGCUCCCGGAGACACACAGCUGCCAGGCGGCCGCCGAGGGCUCCGGGACGCGGCCCAGGCGCUGCCGCGGCUGUGCCGUCCUCCGGGUGGCCGACUCCGACUACGAAGCCAUCUGCAAGGUGCCCCGCAAGGUGGCCCGCAGCGUCUCCUGCGGGGCCUCUUCCCGCUGGUCGGCCAGCACCUGCACUGAGGAACCGGCCGAGGCGGGGCCCGCGGACUGGCCGAGUGCCCAGGGCCCCGCGGACGGGGAGAGCAUGGAGGAGGGAACCCCAGGCUCCUCCCUGGAGUCCUUGGAAGAUCCCCCAGGGGCCAGCCCUCCACGACACAAGGACGGGGAAGCCGACCGCGGCGGGCCGGAGUUUCCCAAGUGGGAUUGCGGGCCGGAGGGGACGGUGGGGCUGGAGGAGCUGGGGGUCCAGCCCGCGUGUGGCCACCGGCUGGAGCUGGCCCUCAGCUUGAUCCGGAGUUGCAACUACAAGCCGGUGCACAGCCCAAGCGGGAGCAAACUCCCCAUCCCCGUGAAAAUCAGCCCCCCGGGUACCAUGGCCGGCCAGCUGGAGCCAGACGGAGCGAGCCCUGGCUUCACGGGCCGGCCGGCCAGCAAGUCCCCGUCGAGGCCCGGCCUGGGCUUCCCCCUCGACCUGUCUGACCUGCUGGAGCUGUGGGAGGAGCUUUGGGAGGAGUACUUGCCCCUCCACAUCCAGUCCGUGGCUGAAGAACACCCCCUACUCCAGGACCUGAGUCUGUCCACGGUUACCAAAGUGCCCACAUCCAGGGCGGAGGAUGCUGGUCCACUGUUGGCUGAGCUUGAGCAGAAAAUCCAGCAGACAGAGGCCACUAAUGAGGUUUUGCAGCAGAAGCUGAGGGAUGUGAGCUCGAAGCUGGAGUCUGUCCUGGAGGUGUCCCGGAGGCAAGAACGAAUGAUCCAGAGCCUCGAGGAGGCCUUGAAGAGUCGGGAGAGUGAGGUGGAGGAGCUGCACCAUGUGAUCGAAGGUCAGAACGAGGCUGUGGCCAAGCUUCAAGGCCCGCUGGACCGAAGCCAGCUUGGGCAGCUCCAGGUGACGGAGACCUCCACCCCGGCGCAGCUGCGGGCGGCCCUGCUGGAGCUGCAGAACGCGCUAGUAUACAGCCAGCUGGAGAUACAGACCCUCCAGAGGGCAGCCCGGCGGGGAGAGCGCCAGCUGGCUGAAGCAGGACGGCGUGGGCAGCUGGCAGAAGCUGAGGCGAGGGAAGGGCAGCAGCAGCAGGAAGCCACACGGAAGCACAACCAGGAAUUGCACGGCAUCCUGCAGCGGCUGCGGGGAGAGCUGCAGCAGAAGAGCCAGCAGCUGCGAGCCUUGGAGAGCGAGAAAGGCAGUGAGAUCCGCACCCGGGAUCAGAGCAUUCAGCACCUCACGCUCAGCCUGAGGCAGAAGGAACAACUACUGCAGGAGUACAGGGAGCUGCAGCAGCUGCAACGGCGGCAGUGCAAUGGUGAGGGAGCCCCUGAGGCCCGGGACCUGCUGACUGAGAAGCUGCGGCAGCGAAUCCUCGACCGUGACGUGGCCCUGGAGCGGGCAGUGGAUGAGAAGUUCACUGCUGUGGAAGAGAAGGAGCGAGAGCUGGGCCAGCUGCGGCUGGCACUGCGGGAGCGGGACCGAGACGUGGAAAGGCUGUGCGGUGUCCUGUCCACCAACGAAGCCACCAUGCAGAGUCUGGAGAGCCUCCUGCAGGCCAAGGGGCUGGAGACGGAGCAGCUGUCCACCUGCUGCCAAAGUCUGCAGUGGCUCCGGAGCGAAGGGGAGGCCGCAUUCGGCCGCUGGCGGGAGGAGCAGGCGGCCCUGGUCCAGCAGCUCCAGACAUCCCUGCACCAGUGCAGCCAAGAGCUGGAGGACCUGGGUGCCAGGCUGCUCCAUGAGCUGGGCGCCAGUCUGCCAGCCGAGGAACUCUUUCUGCGCCUGCAGUGGAAGGAGAAGCUGCUGCAGGACGUGCUGGCCGACCGCACCAAGCAGGCAGCGGAGCACGGGGCCGAGCUCCAGGCCCUGCUUCAGGCCGCGGGCACCCGGGAGCAGGAGAGCCAGGCCGUGGCAAAGAGGAUGGUGCAGGCGCUGGUGGAACGGAGCGCGGAGGUCCAGGCCCUGCGCCAGCACCUGGGAAGGAAGGAGCGGGGACUGGCCCACUUGCCCGGCCAGAGCCAGGCCACCGUUGCCACCCCCAUUGAGCUCGGGGACACCCAACCGCCCAGCCCAGGAGGAACAGUGCCAGCGCCAGGAGACCCCAGCGGUGGCUCCAGAGCCGGGACUGCUUUGGAGUCCGGAGUCCAGCCAGGAGCCACAGAGACAGCCUCAGAGCUGGAGAAGGAGCUGGUUACUGCCAGAGAAGAACUGGGGCUCCUGGCAAGAAAAGAAAGAGAAAGUCGGAGGGAGCUGUCCACGCUCCAGGCUGUCGUGGCGCAACAGGAGGCUGCGCUCCAGGCCCAGGCUGCGGAUGUGGAGACCUUGACCAGGAGUGUGCAGAUCAAGGAGGACUUCAUCAAGGACCUGCAGGUGCAGCUGGUGGACCCCGAAGAGAUGCCGGCGGUGGAGCGCCUGAGCCAGGAAGUGCUGCUGCUGCGGGAGAAGGUGGCCUUGGCGCAGGCCCCAGAAUCAGGGGCUACUGGGCGUCAGAGAGAGCAGCUGCUGCAGGCGCUGGACGAGCUGCUGGAGGAACGCAGGCGGCUGAACGAAGCGCUGGAGGCUGAGCGCCAGCUCUACAGCAGCCUAGUGCGGGCCCAUGCCCAGCCUGAUGGGCUGGAGAGGAGCCUGCAAGCGGAGCUGGCCGGAGCGCAGGCGCUGCGGGGGCAGCUGGAGGAGGCGCUGGGGCGAAGCGUGGAGCGUCUGUGCGCGCUAGAGACCCUGGCCACCAUUGGAGGGCCAGGGGGCGAGGACCGCGAGGACACCAGCACCGAAUUCACCGACAGCAUCGAGGAGGAGGCCGCUGCCGCCGCCACCGCCAGCGCGGACAGCGUCCAGCGGCCGCAUGUCCGAGGGGCAUCGGAGCAGAGCCCAGGGAGCCUGGCCCCGGCCCUGCCCAGCGUGGAGGGGGACCAGCAGGCAGAGCUGCUCAGAGUGAGCACCGAGGCCCAGCAGCACCUGGAGCAGAGGCAGAAGGUGGAAGAGGAGCUGCGGGACCUGAAGGCCCAGAUCCAGGAAGCUGGAUUUUGCUCCGUGACCCACAUCAGGAACACUCUGCUGAGUCUGUGUUUGGAGAAUGCUGAGCUGAAGGAGCGGAUGGGCAGCACAGCCACGGAAGUCGCUUGGGAGAACGAGGAAGGGCGGGAGAAGAAGGAGGCGGCCAAGGGGCCCAAGGCGGCCGGAAGCAGCCCUGACCCGCGGGCCGAGGUGGCGAAGCUGUGCGGAGAGCUGAGGAACGGAGAUGCCAUCAUCCGACUCCUCCUCAAUUGCGAGGCGGGCCAAGGCCUGUUCGACCCGCGGGUCAUCGUCUGUCUGGCCAAGGAGGUGGACCGGCUGAAGGCCGAGGCGGCCCGGGCCCCCAGGAAGGGCUUGGAGGAGGGCGGGGAUGCGGGACCCCGGCCACACCUUGACACUCCCACCCAGGAAGGCUUUGGGGAACGAUGGGGGGCGGGGGGAGCCCGGGCCUGGAGCCGGCCCCACCGGGAGCCCCCCUGCAGAGGCUGCCGGUGCCCUCCCCACAGGGGUCUCUGCCCCUGGGGAAAAUGCCAGCUCCCCCCAAGCCAGGGCCCUCUGGCCUCUCUUCAAGCAGCUUCAACCUGCCCUUCGGGCCUCUCCUGGCACUGCCGGCCGUGCCCUACCCCUCUCCCCAGUGGCCUGUCUCGUCCCCUGCCUCCUUUCCUUCCUCCCACUGUGGAUCGCUCCCUAGACCUGCCCCAGGACCCCACCUCUGACCCCACCCCUAAAGUCCAGGCCCGGGGGCCGCCUGCAGGGGCCCGGUGGGGUCCCGGGGCUGGAGAGGAACCGGGCCCGGGGCUAAGGCUGCGGGGGCGGGGGCUUCUCCCUGCUUCCCGCAAUCCAUCCUUCCCGCAGGGGGAACCGGCCCCCCCGGGGCCGGCCCAGCAGCUUCGGGCCCGGCUGGCGCAAUGGGAGCGCCGCUACCAACAGCUCCAGGACAAGCUGGUGGCAUCGGAGGCCACCGUCCGUGCCCAGGCCAGCCAGCUGGCACGAUGCGGCGCCCUGAUGCGGGAGCCGUCGGUGAAGCAGCACAGCAAACAGGUGCAGGUGGAUCUGCAGGACCUGGGCUACGAGACGUGCGGGCGGAGCGAGAACGAGGCGGAGCGGGAGGGCACCACCAGCCCCGAGUGCGAGGAAAAUGAUGUCUUCAGCGACGCCCGGCUGGCGGAGCUCCUGGCCGCCCCGUCCCUUCUCCCGAGCCCGCCCAAGAGGCCGCCGGAGGCCCUCCCGGAGGAGGAGGAGAAGGAGGAGAAGGCCACCGUCCUUCUGCAGCGGCCCGUCCAGCCCCCGAAGGCCGCCCGGCCGCAGACGGCCGGCCCACUCACCCAGGGCCUGCAGCGCCGCGGACGCUCCUGCUCCGCCACCAGCGACUACGCGUCCAGCCUGGACCGGCCGCGCAACAUCAAGAUGCCCGGCGGCACCGACGAGGAGGAGGAGGAGGAGGAGGAGGAGGAGCCGGGCUGGAUGUCGGACGGCGCGGGGACCUUCUGCCCCCCGGGGGUCCGGUCCCGGGCCGAUCUGGAGAGGCUGGUCCGGAGGGUCAGCCUGCUGGAGACCCGGCUGACCAGGCCGCAGCCGGCGGAGGAGAGCAGAUCGGCCGCCUGGGCGGGGAAAUACGACUCCCUGAUCCAGGCCCAGGCCCGGGAGCUGUCCCUCCUGCGGCAGAAGGCCCGGGAAGCCCGCGGGCUGGGCCACCUCCUCGCCCAGCACCUGGCCGGCGCCGUCAAAGCCUUUGAGGACCUCCUGCGCAGCGCGGACAUCGACUACUUCCUGGGCCGGAGCUUUCGCGACCAGCUGAUUCGGGGCCGCCAGCUGGCCGAGAGGCUGGCCAGCAAGCUGAGCCCCCGAGGCAGCUCGCCCUUGGACGACCCACCUGGACGCGAUUUCUUGGCUCCCAGCAGGCUCCAGGAGGAGCUCCAGGAGAAGGAGCGGGUCAUCGAGGCCCUCCAGGCCAAACUGGACGCCCGCUCCCUGACCCCGUCCAGCUGCCGCUCCCUCUCGGACUCCCAGCGCUCCCCCAGCGUGGCCUCCUUCGUGUCGGACGAGCUGGACGCCUGCUCCGACGGGGACGCGGCCAGCGAGGACGGCCGGCGGGAGGAGCACCGGACGGACCGGACGGACCGGACACGCCCAGAUGCCCCCGGCUCCUCGGGGGUCGUCCUUUCAGCCCGCCCUCCCUCCCCCUCCGGGACCCCGAAAGCCGCGAUGGGCAGCCGCGCCACCGCCGUGCCCGCUCCCCGGGACCUCUGCCACCACGGCAUCCAGGCGCCCGCAGGUACGACCCACCGGAGGGGGCACGGAGAUUCCUCGGGCGAUGCCCGCCGGGGGGUCCCCGCGGGCCCGCCCCCGCCUCGGGGCGCCCCUUCCCCCGCCCUCCCCGGCGGCUGGGGUCCGCCCAAGGUGUGCGUGGCGGAGGCGCAGCAGGAGCUGCAGCGGCUGCAGAAGCAGUUGGGAGAAGGAGCUGCUGUGGCCUCCCUCCGUCCUCGACAGCCUCGCCCCUCGGGGGUCCCUGCAGCUCAGCUGCCGGCGCCGCGGCAGGGGAAUAACUGGGGGGCGACGGGGGGCGGCGGCCCGGCCCCUCGGCCCACCUGCCUGGGAUUCCCAGGUGACCCGCUGAGCUUCUGCGUCCCCGGUCCGGAGCCGGCGUCCGCCCAGGCCAGGGAGAACCGGGUCCUUCGGGAAGAAAACCAGAGACUUCAGGCUCAGUUGGACAACCUUUCCCGAGAGCACGCGGAGCGCCUGGAAGCCCUGCAGGGGGCGCUGCGGGCGUCGGAGGCGCGGCGGCAGGAGGCGGCGGAGCGGGAGCGGGAGCGGGAGCGGCGGCGGGACGAGCAGUGGCGCCUCCUGGCGGACGCGCAGGACAAGCAGCGGGAAGUGCUGCAGCUCCGCCAGGACCGCCUGGCCCUAAGGGACAAGCCCGGGAGGCUGCAGUGGCAGUGGGAGCCCGUCCAGGCCGAGGUGCAGGUCUUCGAGAGUCUCUCCGGCGGGUCCUCGCGGGCGCUGCCAGCUUGCAGCGAGGAAGGGGCCCCCGGAACCCCUCUGAGCAGAGACCUGAGCGGGCUGGUGGCUGAAGUCCGAGCCCUGCGGAGCCAGUUAGAGCACAGCAUUCAGGUGAAUGAUUCCCUGCGGCAGCAGCUGGAGCAGCAGCUGGAUGGGAAUUUCAGCAAAAUCCACCUCGGCCCCUCCUCCCCCGUCCAGGCCUUCCCGGCCACAGAUCCGGAGAGACCGGCCCAGCUCUUCCCAGACACCAUCCUUUCACCUCCCGUGCGGGAUGUCGGCAUGAACUCCCCAGCUCCCACUUUCCCUGGCUCUGAUGCCGAGGCUCCCAGCCUGGAGCCCUGCUCCAGGAUGGCAGUCUCAGGGCCGGGCCCGGAUGCCGGCCGGGCCAGGAAGGAAGAUCCCGUGCUGGUCGGGGACUGUGCCCCGGGCACUUGCGCCAGCCUGCAGAGCUGCCAUGUGGUGGGGCACGUGGAUCAUUUUGGGGCUCUGCAGCAGCAGCUCCUGGAGGGCCAAGGACUGGUCCAGGGGAUGGUGAGACUGCUGCAGCCCAGCGCCCGAGGACCUGGCGGGGAAGCCCUGGGCCUUGAGUCCCUUGAUGGUGCCAGCUUCCGCCAGCUGUGGGGCAGCACUGCCACUCUGGGCCAGAUCCUGGCAGAGGCCACCUCCCUCCUGGCCACCUUCUGGACUGUGGCGGCGACUCUGUCGGGCCCCCUCAGCCCCGCUCAGGGCCCGCAGGCGGAGGAGUCGGCAGGCGGGGAAAUCUGGGAGCUGAGAGCCAAAGUGUCGGAGCAGGAGAGUCGCCUCCGAACAGCGGCCCAGCGCCUGCACAGUUGCCAGCAGGCUAAACAGAGUCUGGAGCGGCUGGUCGUCAGUCAGCUCACUCAGACUCACGAUGUCUUGAAGAAGGCCAGAUCCAACUUGGAGAAGGACCCUCACAAGAUUUUUCCUGGAAAGUCUCCUCCAUCUUCCAGUCCCGGAGCCACCCCCCCGAGUCCUAUGACUGCUGUCUUCCAGGAGCUUGGCGCCAAGUGGAGUCCCCAGCGCUGUCUGAGGCAGCGGGAGGACUGGGCCUGGCCCUGCCUGACCCCGAUGCCCAACUUCUGAGGGAGCUGGGACCCACCCCUCCAGAGCUGGCGAGGGCAGAAGGAAGUUGGGGAGAGGGCAGGAGGGGAAAAGGAUUGUAGGGGGACAGAGCAGAGCAGGCCUGAGGAGAGAAGUGGAUGGGGACAGGUGGAGUGACUGACCGUUUGGCGAUCCUGCUGCUUGCUUGAGGGCUGGCCCGGUGAGAUGGGCUGUAGCCCAGAGCUCUCCUUCCUAGGCUCAGCCCUAAAUUAGCCAUCCCGGAGGGAAAAACCUCCUCUCCAUCCCCACCCCCAUUAACCCUUCCUUUACUCCCUCCCAGAGCCACAGACCCCAGGGACAUGAAGGAACAGAGAAGCCUUGUACUGCUGCCCGUGGGGAAACAAAAGCCAGACUUGGGCCUGCUUUCCCAGGGCAGAGAGCCUGGGCCCCUCCCAUCACCGAGAAGGAGCACACCCGGGUGGGUGGGGCUGAUCCCACUCAAUCAAUCAAUGGCAUUUCUUGAGCACCUACUGUGUGCAGAGCACUGCACUAAACGCUACAGUAGUUAGUGAUGGAGUUCCCAGCCUAGCAAGGGAGACCAACAGAAGCGGGCUCCCCCCAGGCCCCGCCCGGCCCACGGCUCGUGCAUUUGGGGGGCAGUGUGGGGUCCGAGUCACCAUCCUCCCUCCCCGCCAGAGUGGGAUGGGCCCCCUCUUCAUAGGGGCUGAGAGAGAUGGCUGGGGCGUGCGGCGUGCUGCUGCUUGCAGGGCGUGCGUAGACGUUAGGCCCCUAUGUUGGGGAUGCCCCUGCCUGGGACGCAGUGUGUACAAAAUAAACGGUUGUCAUCA